CGCACAUUUUGUUUUGGCAUUGCCAAUAUCUUUUGUGUUACAUUCUGUUAGAGGACUAUCUAUGACACUUUUCUCCCUGUCUGGUUAACUAUUUAUCGCCUGAUGUGUAAGCCUGAGGAAGAUUCAGCUAUUUUAAACCAAGCAUUUAUGGCGUCUGUUUUGGACUCUGGAGAAUACUGCCAAAGUCAACACAAAUAAAUUGUUGUCAGCAUCAAGAAAGACUUUUUUGUCAAGUACUAUCUAUCCUUGCCUCUUCGCUCAGAGCGAAAUUAAACUCAAAGAGUACUUCAUUCACCUGCCAAGCAGACCGAAAGGCUCUUUGCAUGAGAGAGCUACUAGUUGGAUUGGUUGUUCGUUGGAUCUCAUCCCCGCAGUCUCUAAUUUUUUAGCCCCCGGCAUCAGGGGUGUGAACUACACGUGCAAUUCCUACGCCUAUGUGGUGCGUUCACGUUGCUUCGGCGUGUGCUUGCCGACACUGCCGCGGACAGACCCACGAAUGGGGUAAAGUUCAGGUGGACCGGGUGUGCGAGAGCCAACUGCACUGGCAGGUGCCUCCAAGGUGUGUGAGAGUCAGAAGACCUGCACGGUAAUCGGCGCAGGACCUCCCUUUCCCCGUGGUAGCCUUAAGUUCUUUUUUUUUGUAAAAAAUCCUCAUAACCUCGUCUCAGAGUUGUCUCCCAUUCUUUCCAUCUCAUCAAUCAACUUCAGUCUGUUACGAUUUUAUCAUUGAAUCGGUCACUGCCCCCAUCCCCCUCCAACAAAGCAUUAACCCGGACAAGUAAAAAAGAACCCAUUUUGAGGUAUUUCUCAAAUCAGACUUGGAGUUGGACUGACAGAGCCAAGGGGAAUAAGACCAGCAAGAUCUUCCAGAAGAGAUUUCUUGUCCACCUUAGGAAGGGCACCUUUUCUUUCUACUGUCGUCCAUCCAUGAAGAACCAAAACAUGAGUUCUAUUCGGAGCGUACGUCCUGCUCCUGUGGAGAUUGUACACAAGCACAUGAGAUUCCUCAUAAUCCAUAACCCAGAUAAGAAUGGCAUGGAGCAUUUCAUCAAGGAGCUGAAACAGCGUCAGAUCAAGGAGGUUGUGAGAGUUUGCGAGCCUACUUAUGACGCAGCUGUCCUGAAGCAAGAAGACAUUGAGGUCAUGGAUAUGGCCUUUGAUGACGGAGGCGUCCCAUCGUCCGAGAUCAUUGAUCAGUGGCUGGCCCUCCUGAAGAUGCGCUUCAAGGAAACGCCCAAGAGCUGCGUGGCUGUGCACUGCGUGGCUGGGCUAGGCCGAGCUCCUCUCAUGGUUGCCUUAGCCCUGAUGGAAGCUGGCAUGUCAUACGAGGAUGCUGUAGCGUUUGUACGAGAGAAGCGUCGUGGUGCCAUCAAUGCCAAACAGCUUCACUUCUUGGAGCGCUACAAGCCUCGUCUUCGCUUGAAAGCCAAGAAUGGUAGCAAGGGAGAAAGCUGCUGCCUGAUGUAAAUGGACCCUUCCAUCUCCACUUCCUCCUCAUUUAGUCCUUCAUCCUUCCUUCAUUCAACCCUCCAAAGGAUAACAUGAUGUACUAACAAUAUUUUGUUGACAGACAUAUAUUUUGUAGCAGUAGGUUACCUGAUUGACUAGAAUUUUUGAACUAGCAAUACACACGGCAAUGGGUUCUGGAAUGGAAACAAAUAGUUCAUUAUUUUUUUUCAUGAAAAGCAAUGCACCAUUAUCAAUUGAUGCAAAACAAUUUAAAGAC